CUCCCGAAUUCCCAAAAAACCUCGCGGCGCUUUUCUCAUUCCCAGCCGAAAAAAAAAAAAAAAAAAAAAAAAUCCCCUCCACCUCAACCUCAAUUCCCAAAAUUCCAGCCCCAGAAUUCCCGAUUUUCCAGCCCCAGAAUUCCCGAUUUUCCAGCCGUGACUCAGCAGCCGCUCCCGGAUUUUUUUCCCCGCAUUUUUGCAGCGAUGCGGCCGCCGGGAGCUGCCGGGAAAACCGGGAAUUUUUAUCCCGAUUUUCCUGAAAUUCCCGAUUUUCCCCAUCCCGAUCCGUGAGAAUUCUCGGAAUUCCCGGAAUUCCAACUCCGCUCCUGGGAGAUGCUGCCCGUGCCCGGAGCAGGGGUUUGCGGCUGCUGCGGAGCGCUCCGGCCCCGCUACAAGCGCCUGGUGGACAACAUCUUCCCCGAGGAUCCCGAGGACGGGCUGGUGAAGACCAACAUGGAGAAGCUGACCUUCUACGCGCUCUCGGCCCCGGAGAAGCUCGACCGCAUCGGCGCCUACCUGUCCGAGCGCCUGAUCCGCGACGUCGGCCGGCACCGAUACGGGUCGGUGUGCAUCGCCAUGGAGGCUCUGGACCAGCUGCUGAUGGCGUGCCAUUGCCAGAGCAUCAACCUCUUCGUCGAGAGCUUCCUCAAGAUGGUGGCCAAGCUCCUGGAGUCGGAGAAGCCCAACCUGCAAAUCCUGGGAACCAACUCCUUUGUGAAGUUUGCCAACAUUGAGGAGGACACGCCCUCGUACCACCGCAGCUACGACUUCUUCGUGUCGCGCUUCAGCGAGAUGUGCCACUCCAGCCACGCCGACCCCGACGUGCGCGCCAGGAUCCGGAUGUCGGGGAUCAAGGGGCUGCAGGGCGUGGUGCGUAAGACGGUGAACGACGAGCUGCAGGCCAACAUCUGGGAACCGCAGCACAUGGACAAGAUCGUGCCCUCGCUGCUCUUCAACCUCCAGCAGGCCGGCAACCCCCAGAGCCGCUCCCCGUCGCCGCUCCAGGCCUCGGAGAAGGAGCAGGAGAAUCCCUGGGACUUGGCUGAGCGCUGCCUCCGGGAAUUGCUGGGAAGAGCGGCCUACGGCAACAUCAAGAACGCCAUCAAGCCCGUGCUCAUCCACCUGGACAAUCACUCCCUGUGGGAGCCGCAGGUCUUCGCCCGCAGCUGCUUCCGGAUCAUCAUGUUCUCCAUCCAGCCCCAGCAUUCCCACCUGGUGAUCCAGCAGCUCCUGGGUCACCUGGACGCCAACAGCCGGAGCGCGGCCCCGAUCCGGGCGGGAAUCGUCGAGGUGCUCUCGGAAGCGGCCGGGAUCGCCGCCUCCGGAUCCGUGGGCCCCACGGUGCUGGAGGUGUUCAACACCCUCCUGCGGCAGCUGCGCCUCAGCAUCGACCUGGCCCUCAGCGCCUGCGAGCCCCCGGCCACCGACGGCCACACCGCGGCCACCGACCGCCGGCCAGCGGCCACCAGCGCAGCGCAGGAGCGCGGCUUCCAGGAGGCCGUGAUCAGAACCAUCGGCUCGUUUUCGGGGACGCUGCCGCCGUACCAGCAGUCCGAGGUGAUGAUUUUCAUCAUGAACAAAGUUCCCAUUCCCGAGAAUUCCCAGAAUUCCCGGAAUUCCCUGGAGCCCCCGGCCGGACCCGAUGGGGAAAACCGGAACCGCCUGACACAGAUCAUGCUCCUGAAAUCCCUCCUCCAGGUCUCGGUGGGGUUCCAGUGCAGCAGCAUGCUGACGGCACUGCCCAGCGCCUUCCUGGAGCGGCUGCUCUCGGCCGCGCUGCUGCAGGACCCCGAGAUUCGCAUCUUCGUCCUGGAGAUCCUCUGCAGCUUCAUCGACCGCCGCGGCAACCGCCACAAGCUCUGCCCCGAGAGCUCCGUGGGUGAUGUCUCGGCGCUGAAGCUGAAGGUGGAGAAAUGUUCCCGCCAGGAUUCCGUCUUCAUGAAGAAGCACGGCUCGCAGCUGCUGCGGGUGCUGUUCCUGCUGGCCCAGCAGGGCAACAAUUCCCGCGAUCACUUCCGGGCCCUGUUCCGCCUGCUGGCCCUGCUGGCGCUGGAGCUCGCCACCGACGACGUCAUCACCGACCUCGUGCGCCUCGCGCUCGCCCUGCAGGCGCUGGCACAGGAGGAUCCGUCGCUGCCGGGGCGGAGCCGCUGCGCGCUGCUGGCCCUGAGCGCCGCCUUCCUGCACCUGCUGGGGCAGCUCCUGGGGAUCCCUGCGCUCCUGCAGCACACACAGGAGGUGAUCCAGGCCCGGCAGAAGGAGGCUCCGUUCCUGCUGCCCCAGGAAGCUUUUGGAGACAACCCUGAGUCCUGUCCCAGCCUGGAGCAGCUGGGACCGGAAUUUUUCCUCUGGCAAAGCAAAAUCAGCGAAAUCCUGGGGAGCAGCGGCUACAGCGCCGAGAGGAUCAGCGCGCCCUACGAGCCCCAGAGCUCCGACGAGGAGCGCCUGUCCAAGAGGAAGAGCAUCGGGGAGACGAUUUCCCUGCAGGUGGAGGUGGAGUCCAGGAACAGCCCCGAGCGAGAGCAGAGAGCCCCAGCUGAGGAGAUCACCUACGAGACGCUGAAAAAAGCCAUCGUGGACAGCGUGGCGGUGGAGGAGCAGGAGCGCGAGCGCCGGCGCCAGGUCGUUGAGCGGUUCCAGACGGCGCCGUUCGAGGAGAUCGCCGCGCACUGCGGGGCCAGGGCCAUGCUGCUGCAGAGCAAACUGAACCAGAUCUUCGAGAUCACCAUCCGGCCGCCUCCGAGUCCCUCCGGCGCCGUCCCGCUCGCGCUGGGCCCCGCCCAGCCCCAAUCCCAAUCCCAAUCCCAAUCCCAAUCCCAGCCCCAGCCCCACUCCAUCCCCGUGUACGAGAUGAAAUUCCCGGAUCUCUGCGUCUACUGAGCCGCGCUCGUCGGAAUCACGGAAUUCCCGAAAUCCGUCGGCGUCGCCAUCCCGAGAUUUUUUUUUUUUUUUGGGGUUGUCCCAGGUUUUCCUGGGAUUCCCGCUCUGAUUCCAGGUUUUUGGGUGGGGGGAGAGGGAGGGGAGGAGCUCUGGGAAUGGGGAAUGGUCUGGGAAAUCUGGGAAUUCUCAGGGAAAUCUGGGAAUUCCGGUCGUGGAAAAGGCGGGAAGGGAGAUCCUAAAUCCAGGCUGGGAAAAUCCCAACUGGAAAAUCCUGGAUGGAAAAAUCUCAACUGGAAAAUUCCAGAUGGAAAAGCCCAGAAUUCCUGGCUAGAAAAUCCCAACUGGAAAAUGUCAAAUGGAAAAAAUUUCCAGCUGCAAAAUCCCAGAAUUCCCAGUUGGAAAAUCUCAAAUGGAAAAUCCUGGAAUUCCCAACUGGAAAAUCCCAGAUGGAAAAUCCAGAUGGAAAAUCCAGAUGGAAAAUCCCGGAAUUCCCAGUUGGAAAAUCCCAGAAUGCUUGGCUGGAAAAUCCCAACUGGAAAAUUCUGGAUGGAAUAGACCAGAAUUCCCAGUUGGAAAAUCCUGGCUGGAAAAGCUUGGAAUUCUCAGAUGGAAUAUCCUGGAAUUCCCAGCUGGAAAAAUCCCAGAUGGAAAAUUCCAUCUGGAAAAUCCCAACCAAAAAAAUCCUGGAAUUCCCAGUUGGAAAAUCCCAACUGGAACAUUCCCAACUGGAAAAUCCCAGCUGGAAAUUCCAGGAAAAUCCUGGUUGGAAAAUCCUGGAUGGAAAAAUCCAGAUCCCGGCUAAAGAAAUUUUUUUUGGGAAAAAUCCAUCCUCAGGCUGCUCCAGAGGAACUGGGAAUGCUGGGAAUAUUUGGAAUAUUGGGAAUCUCAGGAUAGUCCCAAAUUUUCCAAAUUUGCGGAUUAAUUUCCCUGGGUUUUGGGAAUUCUUUUUUUUGGAUCCCAAGGAAUUCCUGGGAAAAACUUCUGAGGAUUCCUGGGAUCGAACUGGAGUGGGAAAACCUCAGGAAUUCAUGGGAAAAAACCCUGAAUAUU